AGUAGGUUGGCCUUUCGCUUGCAUUCAUAAACGGAUAUUAUAGCUAAGCGUUGAAUGUACUAGCUACAGAUACAGUCAAGUCGGACCAUGGCGGAAGAAGAGGACACGAAAAUACGGAUUUUACAAAGCCUGCGGGGAAAGAUAUGUGAAGGCAAGAACCUGGGUCCGUGUUCGGGGCCCAACCGACAGCGGGACCUCUGUACCUUCUGCACCAUCAGCCUGGACCAGGAGGAGGUAUUCCGGACCAAGGUGUUUGACAAAAGCCUCAGCCCUUUCUACGGAGAGGACUUCUACUUUGAGAUCCCACGACCAUUUCAGUGUUUGUCCUUCUACGUAUUCGCCAAGGGAGUUUUUCAGAGGGACCUGCCUGUCGGGAAAGUGUCCAUCCGGAAGGAGGAACUGUGUAAAUUCAGUGGGAAGGAGCACUGGUUCGGCCUGCAGCCCGUGGACCCUAACUCUGAAGUCCAGGGAAAGGUCCACCUGGAGAUGCGUCUGAAUGAACUGAUCAUAGAGAAUGGCUCCAUGUGCCAGCAGCUACUGGUUCGGAUAAUAGAAUGCCAGGGCUUGCCUCUGAUCAGUGGACAGAACUGUGACCCGUAUGCCACUGUCUCGCUCGUUGGGCCUGCCAGGUCUGACCAGAAGAAAACAAAGGUGAAAAAGAAGACCAGCGACCCUCAGUUUGAGGAAACCUUUAACUUUGAGGUCACAAGGCCCAACAGUUACACAAAAAAGUCUAAUUUCCAAGUAGAGGAAGAGGACAUUGAAAAGCUGGAGAUCAAAGUUGACUUGUGGAACAAUGGGAAUUUGGCGCAGGAUGUCUUCCUUGGGGAGACGCGGGUAUCUGUCAAGAUCCUGCGAAAUGACCACAUUCACAGGGCCUGGUAUCUCCUCCAGCCUAAAGGGAACGGGAAGUCCAAGACAGACGACCUGGGCUCUCUGAGGCUCAACGUAACCUACACCGAGGACAAUGUGCUGCCAUCCGCCUGCUACACACCGCUCCGCACGCUGCUGCUCAAGUCCCCAGACAUUAAGCCCAUCUCGGCGUCAGCGGCCCACAUUCUGGGGGACAUCUGCAGGGAGAGGUAUGAGGCGGUGCUGCCCGUGGUCCGCCUGCUGCUCCACCACAGCCGUCUGGUGUCCUUCGUCUCCGCCAUCACUGUCCUGGAACUGGAGAACACUCAGGAGGCCAACACCAUUUUCCGAGGCAACUCCCUGGCAACGCGCUGCAUCGACGACAUGAUGAAGAUUGUAGGGCGGAGCUACCUGACCGUCACCCUGAAGCCUGUAUUGGAUGAGAUUUGUGACUCCAACAAAACCUGUGAGAUUGACCCGAUUAAACUGAAAGAAGGAGACAACGUUGAGGUCAACAAGGAGAACCUGCAGGGGUACGUUCAGAAGGUGUUCUCGUCCAUCACCCAGUCCAGCUCCAGCUGUCCCCCGCUCAUGUGUGACGUGUUCCGCUCGCUGCGUCACAUGGCCUCCAAGCGGUUCCCAGAUGAUCCUCACGUCCAGUAUUCGGCAGUCAGCAGCUUCGUGUUCCUGCGCUUCUUCGCCGUCGCCGUUCUCUCGCCACACACCUUCCAGCUCCGCCCACACCAUCCUGACCUUGAGGUCUCCCGAACACUUACUCUCAUCUCCAAGACCAUCCAGACUCUGGGGAGCUGGGGGAGCCUGUCCAAAAACAAACUGUCUAGUUUUAAAGAAUCCUACAUGUAUGAUUUCUUCAAAUCAUUCCAAGAAGACAAAUGUAUUGAAAAAGUAAAAAAGUUCCUAGAUGAGAUCUCCUCCAACGUCAGUAAGGAGUCCAGCGGGGUGGAAGACUCUGUGGUUCUCAAAGAGGGGGAGAUACAGAAGCGGGCCCAGGGAAGGAAACGCAUCGGCAAGAGGAACUUCAAGAAGAGGUGGCUCAGAGUGACCAACAGGGAGCUCUCCUACCACAAGCACAGAGGGAAAGAAGCACUCUGCAUUAUCCCAGUGAAGAAUAUCCGGGCUGUGGAGAAACUGUACGAAAGUGCCUUUAACCGCAAAAAUAUGUUCCAGGUGCUCCACAGUGAGAAGCCUCUGUACGUGCAGGCGGGGAACUGCGUGGAGGCCAGUGAGUGGGUGGAGGUGCUGAGCCAAGUAAGCCGCUGUAACCCGGACCGCCUGGGCACCUUCCACCCCUCGGCCUACGUGGCGGGGGCCUGGCUCUGCUGCAGGAGCCUGAGCGACAGCCAGCCGGGCUGCAAACCCUGCACACCUACCUUGCUGGCUAACCUGCAGCUGGACAUCGACUGUGACCGCGAGACAGAGAGAAUCUUCUCCCUCCUCACCUCCAGCUACUCCAAGCUGCAGAAGAUGGAAGAUGCGUGUGCCAGCAUCGCUGUGUACCAGGGACCUCCGAGGGAGCAGGACGACUACUCCCUGUUCACCAUCCAGGACCCCAAGGAGACAUUCCACACAGUGCAGCAGAUCACACACAUCCUGGAGGAGCUGCAGAGAGAGCACGACACUCGCAGCGGCACCGCGCAGUACGGCAGCCAAGAGAAUCCGAUAGUUGGGAAAACAUCCUAACCAGUCUAGGUGGGUCUGUCUGGCCUGAGUUCAACACUGGAGCCCCAGGGUGGCACCGUCGGGAUUGGUACUGAGAACGCUGCCUGCCUCCGCGAAUACCAAGAACGCAUUACCCCCAAGGUCGUGCUCUGCACCCCCGUCCACCACCGUGUGACUGGACGGACCGUCCAAUAGAGGAAGUUAGAAUUGUCACCUGACCCUGACCAGAAGCUCUCAUUGGUUCAGAAUAGGAGACCCUUAGUUGUUUUUUAAAAUUCUCUUUCCCCGCCUGUCUCCAUCCCUCUCUCGUUCUCACACACCACUGCCCUAAUCAGAGGAGAAUGUGCUUGCUCUCGUCUUCUACUUGAUUUGCACAACAAAACUCAAUCAUUUCAUUGAAAUCUACCCUUUUUCUACAGUUCGGUGAAGACCAGACAACAUCAUUAGUUGGUGUGUGUGUGUGAAUAGGCUGCUAAAAUAAUCCCUUUUAUACACUUAAUGUUUUCGAUCAUCAACCAUCAAGAUGAAGCUCUCAAUCUCUUGGGGCUUCACUGUUUGACGUCUGUUUACAACUAAACAGCAAGCUGAUUUUGUUUAUCUCAUUUUCUAUAAAAGGGAAUUUUUCUCUCCUCCUCCUCUACCCACCUCUAUAUUUUGUGCUUUGAACAAAUGCAGGUGUUUCAGAGUACAGUUAAGUGGAUGAAACCGAUCUGCCUUAUUUUUCUUAAUGGAUGUAUGUGUAAAAGUCUCUCUCACAUCCAUCCUCGGGUUAGGGAAUAAUGCCCAAGCACUUUACAUAUUUGGAAUAUUCCAGAUGGCAUCAUUUUAGAUACGUGGUAUCAGUAAACCCCCCCACAUUGAUCAGUUAAAUGAUCUCGUUUACGUUCUCGUUUCCAUUCCUGUACGAUGACGUUUAUAGCCUGUAGAUUUUAAUAGCUAUUUUUCUUACACCAAAGAUGAAAAUUUCGUAGGAUCGACUUGGGAAAAAAAGGGUAUAAAUGUAUUUUGAAUACAGACUUUUUGAAAAUGGAGAGAAAUGCAGGAUAUAUUUAGUUCAUGUACAUCCUUUUAACGAUGUAGACGAUUUGAUUGAGUAACGUUCUAAUGUUCUCUGGAAAUGCAGAGGGGCCGUGGUCGGUAGUCUGUGACAACCGCUUCAUCAUGUAGUGAUGUCACUGCAUAUCAAUCACCAUAAAUCACAACAAGAUAGACAAUCCCCUUCACUUGCCAAUCUAGCCCCUUAGAUAGUCAACACUGCAUCACUGGCCCACAUUAACUAGUAGUCAAAGCUCAGGGAUGAUAGACGAGUUUCCCACUAGUACACUGAACAAAAACAUAAAUGCAAGAUGCAACAAUUGCAAAGAUUUUCCUGAGUUACAGUUCAUAUAAGGAAAUCAGUCAAUUGAAAUGAAUUCAUUAGGCCCUAAUCUAUGGAUUUCACAUGAGUGGGAAUACAGAUAUGCAUCUGUUGAUCAGAUACCUUUUUUUUAAAG